GUGAGGGAAACUUACCUCAGACUCUUGUUUCAGACAAAAGAAUCCAAACAUUCUCACUGAACUCUAUAAAAGUAAGACCAGACAUUCGGAUAAAACUGCACAAGAAAACUGACGGACUCAAAACUAAAGCGCCCUCACCAAAUGGAGCCAACGCCGGAAUACGCUGACUCGUACGACUACUAUGAAGAUAACGAGACUGCGUGCGACUACUCAGAGUGGGAGCCGUCUUAUUCUCUCAUUCCCGUGCUGUACAUGCUCAUUUUCAUCCUCGGGCUCUCCGGGAACGGCGUGGUAAUCUUCACCGUCUGGCGCGCCAAAUCCAAACGGCGCGCGGCAGACGUUUACAUCGGUAACCUGGCGCUCGCGGACCUGACGUUCGUCAUCACGCUGCCGCUGUGGGCUGUGUACACCGCGCUGGGUUACCACUGGCCGUUCGGCGUGGCUCUCUGCAAGAUCAGCAGUUAUGUGGUGCUUGUCAACAUGUACGCAAGCGUCUUCUGCCUGACCUGCCUGAGUUUUGACCGCUACCUUGCCAUCGUCCACUCUCUGUCCAGCGGGCGGCUCCGGUCCCGGGCCACCAUGCUGGCGUCGCUGGGUGCCAUCUGGUUCCUCUCGUGCCUGCUGGCCGUGCCAACUCUCCUGUUCCGCACUACGGUGAAUGACGCCGGGAACAACCGCACCACCUGUGCGAUGGACUUCAGCCUGGUCACUCUCAAUCAGCAUCACGAAUCCCUUUGGAUUGCAGGUCUGAGUCUUUCGUCCUCCGCUCUUGGUUUUCUCCUGCCUUUCUUGGCCAUGACCAUCUGCUACUGCUUCAUCGGCUGCACAGUCACCCGGCAUUUCAGCCACCUGCGCAAGGAAGACCAGAAGAAGCGUCGUCUCCUGAAGAUCAUCACUACCUUGGUAGUGGUUUUUGCUUUCUGCUGGACACCUUUCCAUGUGCUGAAGAGCAUGGAUGCGCUGUCAUAUCUAGACCUGGCGCCCACCUCAUGCGGCUUCCUAAACUUUCUGCUUCUGGCUCAUCCGUACGCCACAUGCCUGGCGUAUGUCAACAGCUGCCUCAACCCGUUCCUCUAUGCCUUCUUUGACCUGCGCUUCCGCUCGCAGUGCCUGUGUCUGCUGAAUCUGAAGAAGGCCAUGCAUGGGCACAUGAGCUCCAUGUCUUCAACCCUCAGUGCCCAGACUCAAAAGUCGGAGGUGCAGUCGCUGGCCACCAAAGUGUGAGGGAACGAAAUGAGAAGAACAGAAAACAUGAAGUUGAAGAAAAAAAAAAACAUUGGGUUAAGGGGUUAAAAAGGUGGGAAUCUAUUGACGGCUGGUCCGUUCUGAUGUGGUGAACUGAUGGACUUAUGAUGGAGAACAUAUUGCUCUAUGUUUGUAAAUAACACUCAUAGUUUUGUGUACUCUACUGUAUUCAUGGAUGAAUUGCUGGAAUGAUGUGACUUUGUGUGUCUGCAUGUGUGAAUUCAUGUUCGUUGACAUCUAUUCGUCGACUUUGACACACUCAAAAUAAGCACACAGAACUAUUCAAGCAAACAGGAGGUCAGUUUUCUCGAAAAACAUUCAAACUGACCACAACGAUGCUGCACUGAGGAUGAACUUGCUUGUGCUGCUGUAAGAGUGUGUGACUGUGUUGAAGCCUAUAUACACUGGUGUAGAGAUGCAAAUUGUACAGUAUUUUCAUACUAUUUUUUCUCCUAAUUUGCAAUGUUCAGAAAUGUGUUCAGUAUUUGUAGCACUUGUUAAGAGGAUAUAUAAAAAUGAUAAUUUCUGUUAAACUCCCUGAUGUGAAUGUGUGUGUUUUUGAUCAGUGUGUGUGUGAGAGUGUGUUCCAGUGCAAAGGCGAUGCUGCUUGAUUAGAUAGUUUAAAGCGCAGACAGAGAGUCGGGGUUUGGGGGGGUGGGCAGACAGACAGAUGGCUGGUGACAAAUGUCUCUGGGGAAAAAAGGAAGAGGGGGACACA